AUGUCAGAACACGAAGAGUAUCUUGCAGUCCUCAAGGCCUCUUAUGACUACGAGCCCCAGUCAGAAGAUGAACUUGCGAUUACUGAGAACCAAAUCGUCCUUCUCCUUGAACGUACCGAUGAUGAUUGGUGGAAAGUCAAGAUAAAAGGUGAAUCACAGGAGGAAGAUAGUCCAUCCGGCCUCGUCCCCGCUGCCUAUGUCGAGCAGGCUGAACAUACGUCUCUUGUCAGAGCUAUCUAUGACUAUGAUUCCGCUGCACCCGGAGAGCUGUCUAUCAAGGAGGACGAGAUUUUAUUGGUAUUUGACCGUGAAGAAGACUGGAUACUCGUUCAAAGCAAGGAGGGUGGUAAGGCUGGCUUUGUACCAGGAAACUAUGUCGAAGAGACUACUGGCGUGGAAAGUACCCCAGCGCCGGCUGCUGUAGCACCUCAGAUUAUCAUUCCGCCAUCGCCUGAACCUCCAGCUCGUCCCUUGAGCGUGUAUGUGGACCCUGCCGACAGAGUUGCCCAGUCCAAAGCCCAAGCUCGUGUGAGCGACGAGAUUAAGACCUGGUCCGUGUCUGAAGUGGACAAGAAAGGCAAGAAAAAGAAGGGCACUCUAGGCAUUGGCAACGGCUCCCUCUUCUUCGCAAGCGAAUCAGAUAAGACUCCAGUGCAGAAAUGGCAGAUAUCUGAUGUUGAAGACAUAUCCGUGGAGAAGAAUAAACACGUGCAUAUUGACAUGGGCGGGUCCAACGCAACAAAGCUGCACUUCAAUGUUGGAAGCAGAGACACGGCUGAUGCUGUUGUCGAGAAGCUGCAGACCUCUCGCUCACUUGCAUCUGCUGAGCAACGUGCCGUUAUCUCUCCGCCGCCGCGCUCGGAGGUAAGCAGCCCGGUGAAGAAGAACGGCGCUUCUGUGCGUUUCGCGGAGGAAUCUCCUGCAAUUAUACCACCACGCGAGUCCUCAGAGGAAGGUGAGGAAGAAGAGGAAGAGACAGAGGAAGGUGGUCAGAGUGUCGAUGAUGGCGAGCCUGCCGUCGCGUUAUAUGACUUUGAGGGCACGGGCUCAGAUGAAUUGACCGUGCAAGAGGGCGAGCGGCUGUGGAUCAUUGAAAAAGAGGGCGAAGAGUGGUGGAAGUGCAGGAAUGAACAUGGGAUUGAGGGUGUUGUACCCGCGUCGUAUCUCGAGAGCGCUGGUGGAGCAUCUGUCACUGCUGAGCCAGAAGAUGACGGUGCUGCUGAGCGCGAAGCGCAAGAGCGCCUCGAGGCCGAAAGGAAAGAGGAGGAACGACGAGAACGCGGGCGCGCGGAACAGGAGCGAAAUAAGAAGGAACAGGAACAACGCGCAAAGGUUCUCGCAGCAACGGCAGAGGCUGAUAGGAAGCGACGCGAAAAGGAGGAAGCUGCCGCCACUGCCGAAGCAGAGCGUGUACCUUCCGCGGAGUCUACACGUAUAUGGCACGACCGCAGUGGCCAGUUCCGUGUCGAAGCUGCUUUUCUUGGGUACUCCAACGGCAAGCUACGUCUACACAAAGUCAACGGUGUGGUCAUCGAGGUCCCUUCGGAGAAAAUGUCCGUCGAGGACGUACGCUAUGUUGAGCGACUUAAUACCAAGAAUGACAAGCCUCCUGCAGCGCCACGUCGUAUCUCUGAUGAUGACGACCAGCCACUUGCGCUCAAACAGAAGGAAGUUGUACGUCGGGCAACCAUGUCAGCGCAGCCAAAGAAGCCGCAGACGGAUUGGUUUGAGUUCUUCCUGAAUGCAGGCUGCGACCUUGAUGAUUGCACACGAUAUGCAACCUCCUUCGAGCGUGACAAGAUUGAUGAGGCAAUCCUCCCAGAUACUACCGAGUCCACAAUGCGUUCACUGGGCCUGCGCGAGGGCGACAUUAUUCGCGUCACGAAACAUAUCCAGCAGAAGUUUGCGAAACCUAAGAAGGACACGUCACAAGAGCAGCUUAUUCGCGACGAAGAACUGGCACGGCAGCUCCAAGAAGAGGAGAAUGGCGUCAGGAGUAAAGGAACAUCAAGUCCUGCGCCUAACCUCUUUGCUGGUCCUGGAGGCGUUCUCAAGAAUAAUACCCAACGCCGCGGGAGACCACAACCUAGCAAGUCUCUGCCACCGCCGUCCGUUGACCUCCACGCCAUUGGCACUACCUCUGACCAGAUUAAACGGACUGGUUCGCCUCUCGUCCUCAGCCCUGCCACUCUUACACCUGUGCAGCCACCUCAGAGGUCAAGUUCAACGGUCCCCGUUACUAGUGGCUUUGACGACGAUGCUUGGACGAACAGACCGGGUUCUAAACCUCCUGCUGCUGCUUCUCGUGCCCCAUCGGCACCACCAGUCGUUGCUACCGCACCUGCAAUUGCGCCUGUCUUGGCUGCGCCCGCUGCACCGGUGCCGCCCCCUGCUGCACCAGUGCCAGUGCAGGCUGCAGCAACUGGCAAUGGCCUUGCAAAGACUGAUGCUGAUAUCUUCGACCAGCUUGCGCGCCUCAGUCAGCUGAAGAUAAACCGUCCUUCUCCAUCCCCAGCGCCUGUUGCGCCAAGUUCACCAGUAGUACCCCCACCGCCACCUGUCUCAUACAGCGCUGGCCUUGGAAUGGGCUCUUCUCCUACACCCAUCGGGCAACACCUGCAGAUCCAGCAAACAGGUGCACAAGGCCCUCGUGGACCGUUCGCUCCUGUUCCGGCCAAUCAAAGUUUGUUGCAGCCCCUUAUACCCACUACCACAGGUUUCAACAACUUUGUGCCAACGCGCCCAUACAACGCGUCGCCUUUCCAGGGACAAGCACCACCUUCAUUCCUUUCAGCACAGCCAACAGGCUUCCCUGGCACAACACAACCACAAGCACCACCUUCAUUCCUUUCGGCACAGCCAACAGGCUUCCCUGGCACAACACAACCACUCUUUUCUCAGCCCACAGGAUUACCAACAUCGGGACCACUGCUCUCGCAGCCAACUGGUAUGCUCGGUGGGUCCUUUGGCACUUUUGGUGCUCGCCCAUCAUUUCAGAAUACCACGAUGCAACCAGCACAACCAAACCCAACAGGAGUGUUUGUUCAUUCUCCAUUCAACAAUGUGGUUUCUACCCCACCACCCGUUCCUUCCUUAUACUCUCAGCCGAACACUAGUUCUAACACAGCACCGGCAAAUAUAUUUGCUCAGAUGAAAUCGGGAACGUUUGCCAGUGGAAACGAGCAUUCCGGACCCCAGCAAGCAGAAACAUAUAAUGCUCUGCGCGUAAAUCGAUUUGCGCCACAACCAACUGGGUGGGGAUUCCAACCCAACAACGGAUUUCAACCGAGCGGAUAUACGGGAUACUAG